AUGUCAUCUAAGCGAAUUGCUUUAUAUCCUUGCUCCCCCAAUACCGUACGUGGAACAUCGACAAAGAUCUCAGCCAGCAAAGAUAAGGUUGUUUAUGCUAAUGGCAAAACCGUGAUCAUCCGUGACCUUAAGAAUGCCGCCCUAUCAACGACUUUCUCUGGUCACGCAUACAACACGACUGUUGCACGAUUCUCACCAUCUGGAUUCUACUGCGCAUCUGCAGACAUUACUGGAACAGUCAAGAUAUGGGAUACCAUAGGCGAGGAUCAAUCUGUGAAGGGAGAAUACAAAGUUCUCUCUGGGAAAGUCAACGACCUGGCUUGGGAUGGCGAAAGCAAGCGGAUAGUUGCGGUUGGCGAUGGCAGAGAGAAAUUUGGUCACGCUUUUCUUGCUGAUUCUGGCGCUUCGACGGGUCAAAUCAGUGGACACUCAAAGGUUAUCAAUGCUGUUUCUAUUAGGUUUCAGCGCCCCUUUAGGGCGGCCACUGCCUCCGAUGAUAAUUCCAUCGUCUUUCAUCAAGGGGUCCCUUUCAAAUACGAUAAGACCAUCAGAACACACACCAAAUUCGUGCAAGAUGUUCAAUUUGGACCCUCAGGCGACCAUUUCGCCAGUGUGGGCUCAGACUCGAAAAUCUUCCUCUAUGAUGGGAAGACUGGUGAGACAGCCGCAGAGUUUACUGAUAACCCACACAAAGGGACUAUUAUGUCCUGCUCUUGGAGCCCAGAUAGCAAGUCAUUCUUUACGGCUUCUCUGGAUUGCACUGUCAGACUAUGGGAUAUCGAGGCCCGCAAGUCGUUGCAGACUUGGACGGUCGGCAGUGGGGUGCCCAAUCAGCAAGUUGGCGGUGUCUGGAGUGGCAUCAGUGACCUUGUUUCACUCUCUAUGUCUGGUGAUCUGAACAUCUUUGACCCGCGCACGGGAGAUAAGCCAACUCGCAUCCUUCAAGCUCCACAGAAAGCGAUCACUGCAGCCUCGCCAACGUCUUCGAGCACGUUCUUUGCCGGGUCAGCUGACGGGCGAGUGUUAUCAUACGACACGGACUCGAUAUCACCUUCAGAUGCUGUUCAGCUGGUGGGAGGCACGCCACACACCAGUCUCGUAUCUGGCAUGGCGACCGCAAGCUCUGGGAAGGUAUUCACCACGGGUUAUGAUGACCAGAUCCGAGAGAUUGAGGGAUUCACAUACACGCCUGCUUCCAUCCCUUCAUUGUCGCAGCCCAAGUCUGUUGCGGUAACAUCAGACGAAACCGUGUUUGUCGCUGGCAUCACCUCGGUCGAAGCAAUCCGUCAUAAUCAACGGGUUUUCGAGCUGAAACCACCAUAUGCACCAAAUGUAGUGGGCGCUGGGGGAAUUGUGGUUGCAGUCGGUGGAGAGGAUAAGCGCGUCCACGUCCAUACUUGGAACGGCAAUACAUUAACAGAGACACGGGUACUUCCAGAAAGUGAGGGUGUGAUAACUGCGCUGGCGGUUUCAAGUGACGGAGCAUUGAUAGUGCAAGGGAAUUCUGCUGGAAAGAUCGCGUUAUAUCACUCACAGACUGGCGAGCCUAUCCCGACUCGCUGGGACUGGCACACUGCGCGCAUAUCUUCCUUGGCGUUCUUGCCGGCCCUGUCGUCACCUCCGACCCAUGUUGUUUCGGGAUCUCUUGACACCAACCUCUAUGUCUGGAGCUUGGAAAACAUUUCGAAACGCGUUCUCGUGAAAGGGGCGGGUCCAGGGGGCGUUAACUGUGUCAUUUGGCUCGGUGACGCACAUGUCACAGAUGGUAAAAAUACGGGACGUGUUUUGAGCGCUGGCGCGGAUGGAUGUGCGCGUGUUUGGGAAGUUGAGUUGCCAGGGAAGUGA